CCCAGAUCUUUCAGUUUCCGGAAAUAGUUCACCUGAAUUAAAUAAUUAUUAUGAAUUUGAUCUCGGAAUCACAUCUUCAGAACCGAUGUUUACUGAUUUUCUUGAUACGCAAGUUCAAAUAGAACAACCACAAAUGGUUUGCCCUCUAGUUAAUAACAUGCCUUUACUUAGUGAUACUCAUGAUUUCGAAUCAUCCGAUGAUAUCUCUUUGAAUAAUUCACUUAUUGGAGGUCUUGACUUCCAUAACAAUUUUACGAAUACGACUAUCGAUAACUUUACUUUUCCCGUAAUAUAUCAAAAUACUUCUUAUGAAAUGGGAUUCGAUUAUUCGUUUAUUUUAUGA